AUGACGUGGACAGUUGGUCCAAUGGUUCAAACAUUUCAGCUCUCUUCACUGCCCGCCCCCUUAUUUGCUGCACUCCACUUCCUGUCCCACCAGAGGAAGUGGGGAGUGACAGCAGGUACUUCAACAGCUAGCAGGGCCAUGGACAAGGAGUAUGUGGGUUUUGCCGCCCUCCCCAACCAGCUGCACCGCAAGUCUGUCAAGAAGGGGUUUGACUUCACAUUGAUGGUGGCAGGAGAGUCGGGCCUGGGAAAAUCCACCCUCAUCAACAGCCUAUUUCUUACCAACCUCUACGAGGAUCGGCAGCUGCCACCAGCCAGUGAUCGCCUGACUCAGACACUGACCAUCGAGCGCCGGGGUGUAGAGAUUGAGGAAGGGGGUAUUAAAGUGAAGCUGACACUGGUGGAUACACCCGGCUUUGGGGACUCAGUGGACUGCUCAGACUGCUGGCUGCCUGUGGUACGCUUCAUCGAGGAGCAAUUUGAGCAGUAUCUUCGGGAUGAAAGUGGCCUGAACCGGAAGAACAUCCAGGAUUCUCGGGUCCACUGCUGCCUCUACUUCAUCUCACCCUUCGGCCGGGGGCUUCGGCCCCUAGAUGUGGCCUUCCUCCGGGCUGUGCAUGAGAAGGUCAACAUCAUCCCAGUCAUCGGCAAAGCAGAUGCCCUGAUGCCUAAGGAAGCCCAGGCCCUCAAGCAGAAGAUCCGGGACCAGCUGAAGGAGGAAGAGAUCAACAUCUACCAGUUCCCCGACUGUGACUCGGAUGAGGAUGAAGACUUUAAGAGGCAGGAUGCGGAGAUGAAGGGCAGCAUCCCCUUUGCAGUCGUGGGCUCCUGCGAGGUGGUGAGGGAUGGUGCCAGGCCAGUGAGGGGACGCCGCUACUCCUGGGGAACUGUGGAGGUGGAGAACCCUCACCACUGCGAUUUCCUGAACCUGAGACGGAUGCUGGUGCAGACACACUUGCAGGACCUGAAGGAGGUGACGCACGAUCAGCUGUACGAGGGCUACAGGGCCCGCUGCCUGCAGAGUCUGGCCCGGCCCGGGGCUCGAACUAGCCGCAGUAAACUUUCCCGCCAGAGCGCCACCGAGAUCCCGCUGCCCAUGCUUCCUUUGGUCGAGACGGAGCAGCUGAUCCGUGAGAAAGACGAAGAGCUGCGCCGCAUGCAGGAGAUGCUGGAGAAGAUGCAGGCCCAGAUGCAGCAGAGCCAGGCCCCGGGCGAGCAGUCGGACGCGCUCUGAGCCCGCG